AAUUGUUUCCGUUUUAAAUAGAAAAAACCCAACAUGGCGAUGAAAUUAGCAGAUAUUUUGCCUGCACCAAGUCAGCGAUAUGACCGAGAAGACGAUGACCGACAGUACAGAGCAAAUCCAGCGAUAACUGCUGUGACAAGUAAAUGGACUGCUCCACCAUAUGGGCACAGGAAGGGCUGGGUGCCUCGCUCACAAGAUGACUUUGGAGAUGGGGGUGCUUUCCCUGAGAUUCCUGUGGCUCAAUAUCCCCUGGAGAUGGGACUUAAGAAGAGCUCAUCAAAUGCUUUACCCACACAACUUGAUGCUCAGGGUAAAAUCAAGUAUGAUGCCAUCGCAAAAUACGGGCAUGGCAAGGACAAGGUUGUUCAUUCCAAGUUCCAGGACUUGGUUCCAAAACAGAUGGAUGAAGAUGAUCCAGAUUUGGAGAAACCAAAUGAAGAUGCCAUUAGGGAAACAACAGAGAAAACCAGACAAGCCCUUGAGAGACUAGUGUCUACAAAGAUAUCUGCUGCUCUACCUGUCCGAGCCGCUGAAAAACAGGCACCAGCUCAAUAUAUCAGAUAUACCCCAUCACAACAAGGUGUUGCCUUUAACUCCGGCGCCAAACAGAGAAUCAUCAGAAUGGUGGAUGCACAGAAAGACCCCAUGGAACCACCUAAAUUCAAAGUAAACAAGAAGAUUCCUCGUGGUCCCCCAUCACCACCAGCACCUGUGAUGCAUUCGCCAAAUAGGAAGGUGACUGUGAAGGAACAACAAGAAUGGAAAAUUCCGCCGUGUAUAUCAAAUUGGAAAAACGCUCGAGGAUACACAAUUCCUCUGGACAAGCGGUUAGCAGCUGAUGGGCGUGGGCUUCAAGGUGUCCACAUCAACGAAAACUUUGCUAAGUUAGCUGAAGCUCUGUACAUUGCUGACAGAAAGGCAAGAGAAGCAGUUGAAAUGAGAGCACAGAUUGACAGAAAGAUAGCCCAGAAGAAAAAGGAAGAGAAGGAAGGAGUGUUGCGACAGUUGGCCCAGAAAGCUAGGGAUGAGAGAGCUGGAAUACGCAGGGGUGAUGGUAACGAGGAUGAGGUAGUGGAACGCGAUGACCUGAGGAGAGAAAGACAGAGAGAUAGACAGAAGGACCGUAACUUGUCCAGGGCUGCCCCGGAUAAAAGGUCGCGACUACAGAAGGAGAGAGAACGUGACAUAAGUGAAAAGAUAGCCUUGGGUCUCCCGAACACAGGGGCAGGGUCAUCAGAGGUUCAGUAUGACCAACGCCUCUUUAAUCAGUCCAAGGGGAUGGACAGUGGGUUCGGUGAUGAGGAGGCCUAUAAUGUGUAUGACAAGCCCUGGAGACAGGAUCAGACAAUCGCCAGCAACAUCUACAGGCCGUCCAAAAACCUGGACAAGGAUAACUACGCAGAAGAUCUCGACAAUCUCAUCAAGUCUAACAGGUUUGUUCCGGACAAAGGAUUUGCUGGUUCAGAUCCAAGUCGUAGACGGGAGGGACCUGUACAGUUUGAACAGGCUGAGGAAGAGGAUCCUUUCGGUUUGGAUCAGUUCUUGAAGAAAGCCAAGCGUGGUGAGAAACGGGGAAAUGAAGAUAACCGUUCUAGUCGCGAUUAUGAAGGCAGCAAGAGUAAACAUAAGCGGAGAGAAUAGUAAAACGACAGACUAAGGAUGACAUGGAAAUUUAAAUCUUAUUUUGAAAAGACAGGUUUUCACAAUACUUCCUAAAAUUGUGGCAUUAUUUACUGGUUAACAAACAAGUGGACCAUCAAAAAAAAACAUAGGUUAUACAGCAGUUCUAGAUUAUUUUACCAAUGUAUCUCUUCAGUUGACUAAGAAUUAGGGUUGUUUUAGCCAUAUUGGAGGGGAGGACAACCUUAAUCCAUCAGAUAUUGUAACUGAUAAAUCUAAGGAUGACAGACUAUAUUUACCUCCACUCCUGAUGUCGUCUCCAUAGAAUUAGGAUUCAGGAAUAACCAUUGAUACUUUUAAUGGAACAAUUCAACUGUUUUAGUGGGAAAAGCUAUACUUAUCAUAAUCAUGCAAAAUCUCAAGGAAGAAUCUGUGUUAGUCUCAAUGUAGGUGAUUUUAAGCAGGAAGUUUAAUAGUUCAUGUAUGGAAAGUAGGUUUGGAAACUAAGUAAAGUAAAACAGUUGUGUGUGCAUGGAAUUCUACAGAGAUUUUAUGAGGAAGAUUUGGUAAUAAUAUCUGUUUUAAAACUUGCAUAUAUCCUGAUGCAGUACAAUAUUUCAUUUACAAGUGUAACAAUAUAAGGUUACAUGUUCCUGUUAAAGAACAUUACACAACAUUCUGUGGUCUGAACAUUGUUGCCGGAUCUCCUUUAAAUGCUGGAUCAACAUAGAAUUAAAAAUAGCAUUACAGUGUAUAAGGGCAUGUAUUGGUCAGGUCAAGUGACUUGAUAUCAAUAAUGACAGUCCAGCUGUAACUGAUUUUAAACUUAAAAAAUGAAUUUGAAGGUGACGAAUAUUGGAUGUUACUCUUUGAUGAACAGAAUAAAGUGAAUGUGUACAUAUUGUCUAUCCUCA